CAUGGUUUUGGUGGUUUUGGUGGAGGAAAGGGCACAAGCACUACAGCUGCACAUGGUUUUGGUGGUUUUGGUGGAGGAAAUAUUCGAACUCCAACAGCGUCUGGUGCUGUUCAUGGUAGCGGCGGAGUGGGGAAAGGUGCAGCUGUUUUUGGUGGAGGAAAUGUAACAAGCAGUACGGGCUUAGGCCUAGGUGGCGGGUCAUUUGGCUUUGGUGGACCUCCUAUGACAAGUGGUUUUGGAGGUUGUGCAAACAGUUCUUCCGGAUUUCAGCACGCAAGUUAUGGAUUUGGCGGUGGUGUUGGGGGAGGCAAUUUGGACGCUCAAGGAGGAGGGUCGCAAACGAACAAUGUCGGCACGGCAAAUGGCGACUCCAAUAUCUUCCAUUAG